AUUCGGUAGAUCGCACGCUCGCCGCUCUGUGCUGUUUUUGGGAUUCCAAUUUUUCGUUGCAUGUCAGUGUCAAGCGACAAACAAUAAGUGAAGCAAAGCAAAUGAUGAUGAGGAUAGGAAUAUAAAAACAAAGCAACAAUCACUGGCAUUGCUCGUAAAAUUCAAACCGAUUCAAUGCGCAAUUGGACGAACGAAGCGGCAGAACGUAUGCAAUAGCCGUUGAGCUCAAACAUAUGGAGCGGAGCAAAAGUGUGUGAAACGCGAUAUUUACGUGAAUAUUAAUUUAAUUCUCUCUAUUUCAACUACGUUUUUGGCUCGAUUUCCAGGAAAUAAACACAAAGAUUUGUUGUGCGUUCUUAAAUUACAUCUUCCGUUUGUAGUGUCACAGUUGGUGAAUGUGGGAAUUUAGCAGCAAUUCGCAAACACUCACAGUGGUACAAAAUACAAAAAACACCUUUCUGGCAAACGGAGCGAAAAAUGUCCGCAAUGUAAAAUGCUUUACCUUCUUUUUUGAAGAAAAUUGUGUAAAAAGUGUUGUGUUGUUUGGCACAUUGUGCUUAAUUGCGAUUUACCUUCUCUAUAUUCUUACCCAUUAAGUGUAAGCAUACUAGAAGAAAGCAAAAAAUAACGCGAAAAAUUGCAACGUGUUCGUGAAGAAUUUAUUAGGUUAUUGUGUCUUUUUGCAAUAAGUGGAAUAUGAAGUAAGCGAGUAAUAAAAGACGCAAAACAAACUGCAGGAGUUGCCGUGCACAUGGAAAACAUUCGUUCUUGAUAAAUUGUUUUGGAUUGAGACAAAAGAAGUCAUUCUGUAGACAGUUCCCGAGUGUUACCAACAUUUUGACAGUUUUCCACUCACGCGCUUGCCAUAAGUGACAAAUAAUAGGCGUGCGGUCUGCUUAAGCAGCAUGAAUUCGACGUCAUAUCGCGGCCGCUCCAGCGACGAAGCACUCGAUGAGCAUUUGAAGCUGCAACAACAACGCCAACAAGCAAUGCCGAUGACAAUGAGCACCACCCGUAGACAGCUGAGCGGCAGCACAGUGGUGCCGCCAACACCACCACCGCCAGAACGCAUGCGUAUGCGCACCGACUCCAAUGCGACGAGCAUCUAUGUGAUCGGCGCCGACACCACCAACAGACACAUCGCUGCAAUGGGCGGCGGUGGUACGGGCGGCGCGCAGACAGAUAGCAAUCCGGCAACAAUGGAGCGCAGACAACACAAUCGUUUGUCUUGGGUGAAUAUGCGUAGAGGUGGCGAAGACGCAGCGCAACUCGAGCGCGGUGGCAGCGGUGCAGUGACUAUCACGCCAUCGCCGCAAACAACGCGUAGCUACAUAUCCACAGUAUCCACAAUCACAGCCACGACUGGCAACGGCGGCGACACAAUAAGAAGCCGUGCUGGCGGGGGCGUCGGCGCAGGUGUACACAUCGGUAACGGCACAAUUAGUGGACGCACCACCGCCGCUUCGGGGCGUAUGAGCACUAGUGGUGGCACUACCAUCAGCGGUAGCAACAACACACUGAACGAUAUUAUUUCCGAUUAUCACAGCCAUGAAGCGGCCAGCAGCCGCGACUUCCACUACAACAACACAGUUGUGGCGUCGACGCCACACAUGAAGCAGCUCUCCAGCAGCGGCAGUUUUAACAUGACCAACGGCAGCACGGUGAAGCUGCUGCCGGUGAUGGACGACGAAUCCAAUCAACAGACAAAAUGCUCGAUAUUUCGUGGGCUCGUGCUGUGCAUCUGCUUGAACGUCACCUACGCCAACAUCGUGCGUUUCCCGAGAGAACUGGACAAAUACGGUUCGUCGUAUUUGAUUCCAUACAUAACACUAUUGUUUCUAGUCGGCUUGCCAAUUAUCUUAUUGGAGAUAUCAGUGGGACAGUUUUUGGGCCAAAGUGCAGCGCACACCUGGACCGCCUCGCCCAUAUUUAAAGGCGCCUGCAUCAUCAGCCGCUUCGCUUCAUGGCUGUCGACGAUUUGGGUAUCGCUGCAAGCCGUCUUGGCGGUGGCCUACAUCGGCAUGUUCAUCGUCAAUACGCUGCCUUUUCGGGAGUGUGUGGGCAACGUGAAGAUGGCGCUGAAUGGCUACACAGUGACGGGAAACAGCGGGCAAGAAUGCUUGCAGCGUACGUUCUUAACGCCGUUCUGGGAGAAUCCCAUGUAUUUCGGCAUGCUGGCCGUUGGACUGAUCGGUAUUUGGAUCGUGGUCAUGUUGUGCACGCACAAUGGCCGUUUCCUGCGCCGCAGUCUCUUCUUCUUCGGCAUACUGGGCUUUCUGCUGCUGUGUUGCCUCACCGGCUGGGAAGUGCACAAUUCGUUCCAGCGUUCCUACUUUCCCGAGCUCUGGCCGUUCGACUCGACGUUACUCAUGGACUCUAAUAUCUGGUUCAACGCAUUGAUGCAGGUACUUUUCGCCACUAACUGCGGCUUUGGCGCUUUGCCCGCAGUCACCGGAAAAUUUCUGUACAAAGGCGACGCCGUGCGGACUUCAAUCGUUUAUUUGUGCUUCAACCUGCUGGUGAAUGCAAUUGCUGUCACCUUAUUUAUGGUACAAUUCGACCUGUCGGCGAAUAGUGGAUCCAUGAUUGAGGAGCUCAAGCCACUCACAGCUGUCUACGAUCGCGUCAUGUACGAUCGCCCCAGCAACGAGCUUAUCGCACGCAUUAUACCCGUACUAAUUUAUGCGUUGAUCGUUAUUUCCGCUAUUGUGGCAAUGACGGUGUCCAUCUACACGGUCACACGGUUGGUGCCGCGCCAUCCGAAUUACGUCAUCAGCUUGGUGGCGCUCGUAAUGACGAUCAUAUCGCUGGCCGCGCCGAAAUUCAUAAUUGCGCGCAUUUUGGAUACGCGUAUCGUAGGUACAAUCUUAAUUACGGCGCUUGUCUUCGAGUUGAUUGCGAUCAGUUGGAUUUAUGGCGUCAAGAAUAUCUACACUGAUUUGGAAUUCUCUAUUGGACGGCCGAUCUUCAAAGGCUGGAUGUGGCUAUGGUGCGUCUGCCCAGCCAUACUUACCGCGUUGUUGGUGUGGUGGUGUUCGGACGACGAUCAGUACGAUCUGCUGGCGGAGUACGUACCACGUUGGGCACCCAUUCUACUCGCGCUAGCAGUGAUCUUCAUAAUAGCUUGUGUGCAGAUAUUCCGUCAAGUUGAGUACAAUUUCUUCGGCAUGAUCUGCGAGGCCUCCAAACCAGCGAAGGAGUGGGGACCAACCGAUCCCUUAGCGCGCCAUGCCUGGAAGCAAUGGCGUUCGGUAUGUCAAGAUACUGGGCGACGUGAUUUCACGCUACGCCGACGUGGUACCCGCGACUACACGCACUCCAUCAAGAAAGGACAAUAUUCCAGCUCCGGCAAAUAUGCGAAUGGUCACGCCACGCAGCAGAACUGGAAGCAAUCUACCACCGGCAACAGUUCGCCUAACUACAGUGGCUCAAUGUUCGGUGAUUCCGCUAUUGAGGAAGACAUUAGCGUCGAUAAGUUUCCUGGUGUUUCACAACAGUUUAUGCCCUUCCAGAACAGUGAUGGCAAGCCGCUGCGUUAUUCAAAUCGCUCACGCGCUCAGCCACAACAACGUUCAAAUGCGCAGCAACAACAACAACCACAGCAACAAUAUAUAGAUCAACACAGACAAUACCAGAAUCAGCAGCUUGAGGACGAGCCACUGCCAAGCCCGCCACCACCACCUCCCAGCCACGUGCACGCCAUGCGUGCGCACAACGCGAACGCCGAGAAGCAUCGUGAGAUAGUCUAUAUACGCCGACUCUCUGAGGAUGGCCGCCACGCGACGCGCAUCGAAAUAACACCCUCCAACGAGUCCAUCACAUACGGCAGCUCGAAUGCCAUCACAGCCAAUGGCGGCGCGCGCAACCCGUUGAGCCGAGUCGGUGCAAGCGGACCGCACGGCGCCGCUUACGUGAAGCGCUCCUCCAGCACCAGCAUGGCCGAACACAACCGACACUCCAUCGUGAGUGUGGGCGGCGGUGGCCUCGUAGGAGGUGUCGCUGGCGCCAAACUACCACCCCACAACGCGAAUGGCAGCGCGGAUCACAUCUGCUGGCGGAAGUUCACGGUGAAUCCGCAGGAGUACUCCACGGAGCUGUGAGCUCCAAACACAUUUGCUGCCACGACGAAGCAUCAGCAUAAAAAUAUUUAAUAAACACCCACAACAAAAGACUUUUCCGUACCCAAGACAAACUCGUUAUAAAAAUUACUUUGUAGUUAUUGUAGUAAUGCAUUAGUAAUAAUCAGACAUGUAGUAGUUGUAGUUGUAGUUGUAGUAGUGUAAUAUGAACACCUAGACAAUUCCAAAUUGAAAUCCAAUACUUGUCGCAGAGUACUAUUCUCUCUUUUAAUUAAGGUCAAUUGAAAACAAAAAAAAAAAACUUUGUAAAUAUUUAACCAAACUAAAAUUAAUGAAUUGAUAUUUUGUAUAAGCUUUAACUGCAGAGUUCAGAUUAAAACGACUAACACGAGUAGCAUAAGUCAUUAAAGUUAACGAAUGAAAAUCUCUUUGAUCAUAGAUAAUGUUAAGAAAAGGGCGGUUGGAGGCGCGAGCGCUGCCGAGGGACUAUAAGAAAUAAGUAACUGUUAACCAAAACUAAAGAGAAAUUGUAUUUAUCCACAAAAGAGAUACGAAAGUAGGGAAUGUAAGAUUAUGGAAUGAAUUUAACGUAUGUAUUAGGAACAUUAUCUACUGAGCGCGCAAAAGUAUGCAACGCAAAUAAUUAAAAGCCAUAUUUAAAGCGCGGCUGAAUUAUAUAGAGUAAUGAAGUUAAGGCUCGAGUAGCAACAAUUGUUAAUCGAAAUUAAGUAACAUGUUUGUAAUCGAGUAUAAGUUUUAUCAACAAAAAGAGAAAUAGUUAUGAACCGUUAAAGUGAGCUCGCGUCUAACAACCGUAUCUGGAAUUUAUAGUAUUGCGUGAAGCCGAUAGCCGCACUUCUGUUGGCUGCGCAAACUAAAGAAUGCAACGAAAAAUAAUAUUAGGAAUUAUACUAAAAUUGAGUAAAUAAAAUCAAAUGAAAGACAUUGGAAACAAA